AUGCCUCCUCCCAAAGGAACUCCCAACCCUCUUGAAGGGCCUGGUGACUAUGACGUUACCUCAGUGGUACACUCCGAUACCUAUCCUGCCAUUGACCCAAAGAACUUUAAUUUGAAGGACAAGGUAGUUCUCGUCACUGGAGCAUCUCGAGGCUAUGGCCGAGCCAUGUGUGCAGCUUUUGCACGAGCUGGUACUUCUCGUAUCGUUGUCGCUUCUAGAUCCGACAUGUCGGCAACCGCCGAAGCUAUCAAAGCUGCGGCAAAAGAAGCAGGCCAUCCGGAGCCAGAGGUCUUAACCAUCAAGGCUGAUGUUGGUGUUCCAGAAAGUGUUGAUGCUUUGGCGCAGAAGAUUGAUGAAGCAUUCGGUUAUGUUGAUGUCGUGAUUAACAAUGCAGCAUUCAUGAAAAUGGUGUCCAUCCCUGAGUCUGAGCCUGCAGACUGGUUGCAGACCCUCACCGCGAAUGUCUAUGGACCCUAUCUCAUUGCACGAGCCUUGGCCCCUUUGCUUGUCAAGUCGGAACUCAAGACUAUCAUCAACAUCAGCAGCGUCGGAGCUCAUCUCGUAUCGCCGACUCUAAGCUCAUAUCAGAUCUCUAAGCUAGCGCUUAUCAGAUUGACCGAGUUCAUCUCGGUCGAGUACGCGGACAAAGGGAUCGUGUCGUACAGCGUCCAUCCUGGAAACUCUCCUUCAGAGAUGUUGGGCGGGAUCGAGGGAGUUCCAGAGGAGUUGCGAGCAGCUUUUGUUGACACUCCUGCGCUUUGUGCCAACUCUUUGGUUUAUUUGGCAUCGGAAAGGCGACCUUGGCUGGCAGGGCGUUACGUCAACCUCACUUGGGAUCUUCCUGAACUCAUGACGAAGGAAGAGGAGAUUGUCAAGGGCGACAAGCUUAAAGUUCGUCUUGUGACUUAG